GGGGCGGGGCACCAUGAGGGCAACAGGGAGGGGAGACGACAGCGGGGCGGCGCGCGGGGCACUGUGGGAGGCAGCUUGCUAGUCAGGGAGGGGCAGAGGCAAGCACUCGCAGAGCACUGUGGGAGCUCGUGCCAGGCACCCCAACGGGGGUCCUCGACGCGCACGAAGACGAAGGGCGCCAGGCCGCAGCAGUUCCAGAGGUCGCUGAGCCCGAUGCGGCCGUCCUUGUAGAAGCGCACCUCACAAGUCUACCAGGGCAAUACCCCGCUCCCCCCCGCCCGCCACGGUGGGUGAAUCGCCCCCAGAAGCAAGGCCUUCCGCUCCCGACGCCUCGUGGGGCCUGCUCCGGGUUUUUGGCCCUCGCUCGAAGUGGUUGAGGAAGGGUAGCCAUGUCUGACCGCAAGGCCGUGAUCAAGAACGCGGACAUGUCGGAGGAGAUGCAGCAGGACUCGGUGGAGUGCGCUACGCAGGCCCUGGAGAAGUACAACAUCGAGAAGGACAUCGCGGCCCACAUCAAGAAGGAGUUCGACAAGAAGUACAACCCUACCUGGCACUGCAUCGUGGGGAGGAACUUCGGCAGUUACGUGACGCACGAGACGAAGCACUUCAUCUACUUCUACAUGGGCCAGGUGGCCAUCCUCCUCUUCAAGUCUGGUUAGAACGCGGACUGUGCUACCCUCUUCAUCCAUCUAUCCAUCCAUCCAUCCAUCCAUCCAUCCAUCCAUCCAACAAGGACUGCGGCCUAAAUUCCAAAUCCCAGAGACUAAAACUUCAGCCUUGCCACGGGAACACCUCGAUCUUUAAGCCUUUGUUGUGUUGUUCUUGUAUAGGGCCUCCUCUGUACUAGUUCAUUGUGGUUAUAAAAGAGUUAGCAAAACA